AUGGCGGCCAGCGGCGAGGGGGGCGGCGACGCCUCGGCCGCGGCCAGGCGGCGGUGGGAUCUCACCAGCAAAGCGCCGGAGAACAUUCCAAUGGUGAAAGAGGCUGUGGAAAUCUCCACGGAUGAAGAAUCAGACGGUAUUGUUAUAUGCCCGCCAGAUGGUAACACUCGUGAUUGCGAGGAAGUUGUUAGUGGCAGUGAGCAUGAUAGUUCUCCAGAGGGACAAGCAACCUCUGUGGAACCAGUCAUAGACGGAGAGACCGAGGAAGACAAGCUUGUAAACCAAGAUUCGCUGAAGUUGAUCGAUCAAGAAAAUUUGGCUCUUCCUAAGUCACCAGCAAAGCCUAGUAUGUCUGGAUCAGAGAGGUCCAAGCGUACUGUUCCUCAACCAUUCACUCUCUCAACUCAAAGAAGGGCUUCUGCAGGAGGAAAUGGUGUCGUGGCUCACCCAUCCAGUGAUGGAGAAAAAUCUGGGCAAGGAAGUAGCGCCUCUCCAGCAAGCAUGAUAAAGAAGACAAAUCUGAUGGCACCUAAGAAGACUUCGCAGCCUGGUCAUACUUUUCACCCUCAAGAAGACGAUUCCUGUUCUGUGACUUCUUCAACAACAACUUCGACAAGAGCUGGCAAAACUAAGACAACUGUUGCCUUUGCCCCUACAUUUGUAUGUGACGACCGUGCUGACAAGAGGAAGGAGUUCUACACGAAAUUAGAAGAGAAGCAGAAAGCUUUGGAAGAGGAGAAGAACCAGGCUGAAACAAGGAAAAAGGAUGAGCAAGAAGCAGCUUUAAAACAACUAAGGAAGUCCUUGGUCAUCAAAGCCAAACCCAUGCCAAACUUCUACCAAGAAGGCCCGCCUCCAAAGGCUGAGCUUAAGAAGGUGGCUCCAACCCGCGCCAAAUCACCAAAGUUCACAAGGAGAAAGAGCUACAGUGACACACCGCCAACCCCAGAGUCAGCAACUGCCAGCGCAGCAUCUCAGCGGUCACAUCGUCACAGCAUUGGAACUCCUAAAGAUGCCAACAAAGCUCAGUGCUCGCCGAAGAGUGGUGUAGGUGCCAAAGCCAGAGCCGUCAAACCUGUGAGCUGAAGGCCCUCCGAAAGACCAUGGAGCAGCCAAGCUUGAAGGGCCACAAAUCUCGCUGUACAAACCCUAACUCAAGGCUUCUCCGCUUUUAUGGCAUUUCGCGAUUAAGUUAAAUCAUGUAAGGAGUCAGUCACCUGAUCGUUUAAAGCCCUCGACGAACUAAUUCGUGAGCUGAACUAUUGUAUUUCUAUGGUGGAUGUUUGCCUGGGUAGUUUGCAGAUUGUCUCAAGUUCUGUUCUAUUCACCA